AUUUUCGAGUGCUACUAUCCGUACCAAGGGCGGUCUAAUACGUGUAAAUGUGUAAGUCAUAGCCAGAUGGUCCGUGCAGCUAGGCUUCCAAUCUCAUUCUAGUUCAACUUUCACGUUCUAAGAAAUCUCACGACACAACCCCAACCUGAACUCACUGCUAUCAUAAUGUCACCCAACCUCGAACUCAUCCACGCCUACCGCCGCCUCCUCCGCGCCGGCCUGCGUGCCGUGCAAUUCUCACAACCAUCCCGAUCGACGCUCACCGAGCGGCUGCGCGAAGGGUUCCGCGACCCAAAGGGCGUGUUGGACGCCGAGCGGGUCAGGAGAACGGUCUGGUUCCUUAACGCGGCCGCGCAACAGCGGGGGCUCGAGCACAAGAUCCUCAAGAAUCUGUGCCGUGUCCACUGGGACAGGAUGCGCGAGGCGCGGAGGACGCCGUGGAAGAUGAGGCUCAAGAAGGAGCAGGAGCAGGAGCAGCAGCGGGCGAAGGGGAAAGCGAAGGAUCCCGAUGUCAUCAGCGGGACGGAGUAUGAGCAUUAUGAGCGCACGAUUGCUAUGCUUAAUGACACAAUGGGGUUGUGUUUGCGCUGAACACCUCCCUGUCGAGGUGGUCGCAAUGGAAAUGACCCUCAUGGCCCUCAUCCAAAUCAGUCAGCUGCUGGAUGACAGCUUCCUUCGACGAGGUGAUCAGGACCCUGAAGGAUCCGGUGGUAAGAUGAUGCCA